ACAGCAGCCUCCGGGGCCGCACGCUUUGCUGGCAGUUCGCACUUUGCUCCUGUCCGAAAGCUAAAAAGCACCGUUUCUUUUCCAACAUUCCAGCACAAGAAGAGCCCAAUGUUGCAAGGCACGUGGAAUUUCGUAAAGCGGCACCAGCGCAAGUUUAUUCUGCUGACACAGAAGCUGUACGAUAUGCAGCUCACGUCGGCGCGGGACCGCACGGCCAAGGAAGGCAUCCGCCGCCGCUUCGACCAGAACCAGCGCGAUUGCCUGUUCACAAUCAUGAGCCUCCUGCCCGAGCUCAGCGAGCAGGUUCUGCGCGAAGUCGACAAGGCGCCGACGCCUGAGAGCAACGUGUGGUCGGGCGAACAGAACAAGGAGGCCGAGGCAGACGAGAGAAAGGGCAGCGAGACGAACGGUAUCGUGGUGGACAGUGAGCAGUCCCAGGAGGAGACGGAGAAGCCGGUUGAGGAGGCGCCGCGGAGAAGCAAGGUAGCGAUCUGGGAGGACAUCAAGGUGCAGAGCUUCUCGCGCACGCUCAUUGCCAUCUACGCCGAGUCGCUUCUAACGCUGAUGGUGCAUAUCCAGCUGAACAUGGUCGGCCGCAGCACAUACCUGGACUCGGUUGUGGGCAAGUUCACCGGCACCGAGGAUGAUGUUGCCCUGGAGGGUAAAUACCAGUCCAAAAUCGCGCUGGCUGACGAGCAGAACUUUUUGAUGGUUAGCUGGUGGUUCCUGAACCGUGGCUGGCGCCAGCUGAUGGCGCAGAUCGCGCUGGCCGUCGACCAGUCCAUCAGCCAGCUGUCGCUGAAGGAGCGGACGCUGGCAGGCCUGCUGCUGCCCACUGAGAACGCCGAGAUCCAGGACUACCUGGCAUCGAACCGCCUCGAUGCCAAGCAGGUGUACACUCCCGUCUUUGUGCGCUUGAUCGACCAGAUGCGCGACAUCAUCGAAAGCACAGACUUUUCGUAUGUUCUGGGCAGUUGUGUCGACAGACUCACCGUGCAGCUGCUGGAGUCGCUGCAGGAAAGCUUCCCGGAGCCCGUACCCCUGCCUAACGUCAGCCGGCCCCUGCCGCCGACUGUCGAGGGCGAGACUGCACCAGAUCUCGAUGAUGUCGUCAAGGAGUUUGAGGAGUUCUCGCCACCGCCCGAAAGCCGCGUGGUCAUCGUCCAGCUGCUGCCCAGGAUUGCCCGCGAGGGCCACCAGAUCCUAAACGGCGUGCCGAACCAGUACCUGGAGAAUGUCAGCGCCUCGCGCGAGAUCCAGGCGCUGUCUGCUGCGGUGUACACAGCCGAGGACGCUGUGUUCUAGCGCAAAAAGUAGUAUUCGAGUGUCCCUAAUUCAAUAAUCUUGUUUCAGCCGUGUCUGCUUGGGGUGCGAAGUAGCUGUGCAUUCAGAAACAAUGUGCGCUGUACAAGUCCGAAUCUAUUGAAGCACCGGCACUCUGCUUUCAGCAGAUUACGUUGUGCAAAGCCCGGCGGGUUGAGCGACUCUUUCGUUGUUGGCCGCUUUCGUUGCCACCCUUUCAUCAGAUUCGGAGCACCAUCCACCGAGCUUCCAACCGAAGA